AUGGCUGAACCGAUUAAUUCGAACCCGACUGUAUUGGAAGAGUGGCAGCUGCCGACGCGCGCAGAAACCAAAAACGACUGCGUGGAGCUCGAGCUAGGGGAGCUCGCAAGGUUCUCGCUGUUCUCGCCGCCACCUAUUGCUGAGCCAGAGGCGGACGCCCCGGAGCUGACGGACGACGAGAUCGAGCCUAUUGACGCCCAGGAGAUCUUCGACCUGAUCGCGAGCAUUUCGGAUCCCGAGCACCCGCUUACCCUCGGCCAGCUGGCGGUGGUACAGCUUGAUCGCAUCUAUGUGACCGAUACCGGCAGUCCGGACGAGAUCGCAAAAGUGCAUGUGGAAAUCACCCCUACUAUCACGCAUUGCUCGCUGGCCACCCUCAUUGGUUUGGGCAUUCGCGUCCGUCUCGAACGCAGUCUUCCCCCCCGCUACCGCAUCAAAAUCACCGUCACGCCCGGGUCGCACCAGAGCGAAGAGCAGGUCAACAAACAGCUGAACGACAAAGAACGGGUUGCUGCCGCUUGUGAAAAUGAGCAGCUAGUCAAAGUCAUUUCCCAAAUGCUCGCCACCUGCAAAUAA